AUGCUGCACAGUGCAUUGUGGUGUUUGGGACAGUCAGUGCAUCUCCCAGACAGAAGAGCUUCUUGCUGACCUCUCAGUGGUACCCAGAGAUCCCUUCAAUGUUUGGAAGAGUUCCAUUGUAUCAGAAUUGCUUUGGGACAUACUGAGGCUGGUGUGCUGUUGACUUUCAGCAAGUCACCGAGUCUGGGUCUCAUUAUUCUGUAACAUUUACACAUAGUGAUCUAGAUGGACAGAGGAAAGAAGCAUAUAGAGCCGUGGAAGAUAGCAAUCAUUGUUGUGUCGGUGAUAGUAGGCUUAGCCCUCAUCAUUGGCUUGAUCACACUUUUUUUGUGCCACGAUCAGGACCGAUACUACAAUGCAUCUUUCCUAAUCACCAAUGUCAAAUAUAAGUCUCAGUAUGAAAGGCAAACCACAGAAGAGUUCAGGCACCUGAGCCAAGAGAUUGAAACCAUGAUAUCUGCAGUAUUCAAGGGGUCCUUUCUAAGUAAAAGGUACAUCAGGUCCCAUGUUGUGAGCCUAAGCCCAGAUCCUGGUGGAGUGCUUGCAUCUGUUGUUCUGGUAUUUAAAUUUGCCACGGCUGACAGUAAGGCAAUGAGCUGGAGUCACAUCAACCGUGUGUUACGCAGAAGGCUGAAAACCAGCUCCACAUUCUUGAAUGUUGACCAGUCUACCCUCAGACUCACAGAGUUGAAUAAGGAAAAGGGAGAUAACCUUUUAAACAACUGCUGUGGAAUACGAAGACAGGCGUUCUCCUUCACGGGCGUGGAGAGAAUACUUGGCGGGCAGCGCGCACAGGAUGGGGAAUGGCCGUGGCAGGCUAGUAUUCAGCUCGAUGGGACCCAUCGCUGUGGUGCAUCAGUGAUCAGCAAUACGUGGCUAGUGACUGCAGCCCACUGCUUUAGAGGAGUAAGAGAUCCUCGGAGGUGGACUGCCAGCUUUGGAAUCCUGCUGAGACCUCCAAAACAGAAAAAAUUUGUCCGAAGAAUUAUAGUUCAUGAAAGAUACAGUGAUUUCGUCCUUGACCAUGAAUACGAUGUGGCUGUUGUGGAACUUGCCUCUGCUAUUGAGUUCACGAGUGAUGUGCACAGUGUCUGUCUUCCUGAAGCAUCUCAUGUUUUCCCAGAGAACGCUUCCUGCUUUGUCACAGGUUGGGGAGCUCUGGAGAAUGAUGGGUAUAGUGUUAAUCAGCUUCGACAAGCAGAAGUGAAAAUUAUCAGUACUACGACUUGUAAUAGAAGACAAGUGUACGGUGGAGCGAUAACAGCUGGAAUGUUGUGUGCUGGAUACUUGGAGGGGCAGGUGGAUGCCUGCCAGGGUGACUCUGGUGGGCCACUGGUGCAUGCAAAUUCCAGAGGAAUCUGGUAUCUUGUGGGAAUAGUGAGCUGGGGAGAUGACUGUGGCAAGCCGAAUAAACCAGGGGUGUACACGCGAGUGACUUACUAUCGAAACUGGAUCAACUCCAAAACAGGCAUCUGAAACCUGCAGCAGGUUAAGUUUUAUGGGCUGUGCACGGCAGCUACUCUGACACAUUCUGCUCUGUGGUUACCCUCUAAACAGCUGCUGGGCUAGCUUGUGGUCACCUAUCAAGUGCCAGCAAGCUCAGAGUAGCCUAGGACUUGAAAUCGGUUUGACCUGCAGCCAGACAGGAACAGACUUGACCCACAUGACAGCUGUCUGUCCAGGAAGUACUCUGUCAAAGGGACAACAGCCUUCUAUAUGCAAUAUACUGAUGCUUUUUUCGCUGUGGCCAAAUGUCCUGGCCCCUACUUUCCUACCCCAGCAAAGCAUCGGAGCCCAAACAAUCACUUACCAGCAUCCAAGACAAGUUAUAACUAAAAUGCUUCCCACCCAUUUUCUGUGUGCUCCCGAGGCCCCAUCUGUCUGUAGACCAGCUACAAUUCAGCCCCUGACUCGAAGGCUCCUGUGCUUCUGAAUUCUUCUUGAGCUUUUUCCUGCAUCAUUCCAGGGAGCGUACUCUUAAUGAAGAACGGAAGAUGGCUUAGAGAAAUCCUGGUGCCUAAUAUCAUGUCGGACUGUUACUUAGGUGAAUGGAGAAUUUUUCCUUGCUAUGUUGUCCUGAAAAAGGAAUCAGUGGAAAACACCAGUUUCUGUCCGCCUUUGAGCAAGUGUAUGUACACCCACCCACUCAUCGCUUCAUAUGAACAGCCCCUACUACAGUGUUUGCUGUGAGGGCGACUGCUGGACUGAAGACCAAAACCCACUUUAUGUGCAUACCCAUCUGUUGUUAUAUCAGAGUAUUUGGCUGAAUUAAUUUCCAUUUUUAACUUUCCACACUGUAUUGUUCUGAAUAAAUCCUUGUCUUUUUGUGCAGGAUGGAGUAUGGUAACAAUCUCAGUGUAACCAUUGCCCAAAAAAAACCCCUCUCAAACUGCUUAUUCUUGUGAUUGAUGUUCUCAAGUCUCUAUUAUAAUUUAAUAUGUGCAUCGUAAAAAAAAAAAAAAAAAAAAAAAGCUUCUGUGUUACGAUGGAAAUACUAUCUCCUUCAGAGCAGGACAGAACUUCUGACUGACCCGGUAAUCUUAUGUAAAGAUCUCUCUCUUCUGUCAGGAAGUAAGAAUUGCCUGUGUCUCGUUGUCAGACUACAGCUAACUCCUUUGAUCUCAAUCACACAAACUUCAUAUUCUCUCUGACUUCAUGUUUUCAAGGAGCCCAUGUUUCAGUCUGCCAGGUGAAUCUCAAACACUUUCUACCCUCCAGCAGCAGAAAGUGCUUGUUCCUGAUGAGGAUGCUUUCCUUGGUGUGUCUGCAGAAUUUCCAACACUUUAUGUGAAUGCUGAUCCUGACAACAGCAAAUGAUGUGGUCUUAGUUGCUAGAUAAUGAGCCACUCAACUGCUCUUCUUUUCCCUCUAUGGUCAGAAGAGCAAGAACUCAGCGAAGGAGAUAUCAGCCACACUGCCAAAACUCAGAGCUGGUCCAGUGUGGCAAGCAAGCGUCUUAUGCCAGGCUAGAAAAAGCUAAUAGCAGGCUUUUGGCAUGCUCAUAGUUAGAAGAUCUGGGGAAAAUGGGCCCUCAGUCUUAGGAUUAAAGUGUUGUUCAAAUUGAGUACAAGUCGGUUGACACAGUCAACGGUAGUUCAGGGGACCCCCCUCUGCACUAUGCAGCUUGCUGCAAAUGCUGCCAAACAGAGCAGCAAUCCAUUGAGUUAACAGAAGUAUUUUGAGUACACAUCCUAUGAUCUAGCUGCUUGCCAGUACAGAGAACCAUGCUUUUCUAGAGCCUCACUGGAGGUACUGGAAUAUUUGGAUGCCCAGAGAAGGUCUGCAUGAAAGACAAGAGUCUGCAGCUGUUGUGUGUUCUAUACUUGCAUGUAUCAGGAAACCUGGCAUUUAAAUUUUUCUCAGGGAACUUUUCUUGUGGAAUGCUGUGAGCUUCAGAAACAAAACUUGGUGUCUUAAUUUCUACAUAGGGAGUAAAAAAGUGUCAGGCUGGUUCUGUAGGUCUGAGUCCAACAAAUCUCAUUUUAGCCCCGUAAGCAGAACAUGGCUUAGAAGUAUAUUGCUUGUGGAGGAAGUUUAAAGUAAUGUAUGACAAGUAUAUGUGAUUUUUUUUCUUGCCGGUAACAAUUGUCUUACCAGGACAAUGAAUAAAAUUUGAUCCUUGUGAAGAAAAGCAUCAUUACAAGAUGCCAUGAGUUUACAGUUCCCAAAGCACUUUAGGCUUGGGUUUUCAAGUGGCAUAAUGGUUUCCCUAUCCUGCUGGAUUUCAUGGUAACUUGGAAACCUAAUAUUUUUAGGCUUGCAAAUACUAGCUGUCUCACUAGUUCCCCAAAACAGAUAAGUAGAGGUCCAAAAAAUUAAUUUUACAUCUGUGAACUUUCCAGUUGUGCUUAUUUUGGGUACAAAACCAGAAAGACUUAAGCAUUUUACUCUGUAUCAAGGGCUGCAGUAAAUACCGUUCUUCAAAGUGGCGUACACAAGGUUGAAAAAGUGAACUCGUCACUUGCUUAAGGAGCUACCAGUUCUGAGUAUCUACUCGAGAGAUGCAGUACCUGAUCCACCUUAAUGCUGAGUGCCAGCACAGUGCAGCCAGGAGUGGGGCUGAACAGGACCUGACAUCUGCAUGGUCUGUGCUUUAGGAGCCUUUACUUUGGACUGCCCUGUGGACUUUUCCUGAUAGCAGCUGAAACAAGUCUUCUGAUCUGGUUUCUCCUGGAAGCAGUGUGUUUUACAUGCUCUGAGGCCUCUUGGCGAUGCAAAGCAGUAUAAAUGGGGGCUGCCAAGAAGAGCACUUGAAAUAACAUCCCUCAUCUCCUGGGAAUGUUGGAGCAGGAUGGAUGUGAUGGGUCUGAAUCCCUUACUCAUGGCAAAACUACACUCAUGUCAGCAUUUUCUGGCUUUUCCUGAGGAGAAAUUAUGGAAACCUGAAGCAAUGUAGGCAGCCAAAAUGUUUUAUUUGGUUUAGGAAGCCUAGCAGAUUUGUAUUUCUUUUAAGCUGCAGUCUCAACUAUUUAUGAAUCCACAAGCUUAAUCAUCCCUCAGCCAUGUUUUCAUAGGAAUUAACAUUUUCAGUCGAGGCAGAAUGGGAUGUAUCUAACUAUACAAUUAUGCAUGACA